AUGGCUGACGACCUGACCAAUGCGCCGGCGGCGGAAACAUCGGAAACAUGUGACCCCCAAAGAGUAGGAACCAGGGGUACGGCGGCGGAGCGAGAUGAGAUGAACGCGCAACUCAUGAUCAGGCGCACGCUCCGCACGCCUUUCACGAAGAAGACGAAAGAGUUGGAGGAGGCGCUGCGUUAUGAGACAUCAAGUUAUAGUGAUUGCUCCAGGCUGUGGAAGACUAUCGAACAUACAUAUCAAGAGAUGGAACGAUGGAAUUCCCUGCUGACGCCGACCAUCCUCAGGCUCUCCCCGGACCAGUACGAAAAAACUAUGGAAAGGGUGUUCUUCUACGAGGACGAAUUCUUCAAGAUCAGGGAAGCGUUCGAAUCAAUCUUCCAUCCAGUGGCUCAGGCGUCCAGCGUCGGGAGCGCGUCUUCGCCUACGACAAGCUUGGCGCUCAACCGCAAGUAUCGUCUACCGAAGUUCGCCGGGGACUUCAAGAAGUUUCGAGAGUGGUGGCAGCUCUUCGACGUUCACGUACAUCGCAAGCCGCUCGAUCCGGUCGAGAAGUUCACACUUCUGAAGGAGGCGCUCGUAGGUCUCCCGGCGGCGGAGAUAGCACAUCUGGAGUUCAACGCAGACCAGUAUCCGGUGGCGAUCGGAAUCAUCGAGAAGAGAUUCGGCAGCCAGAGGGAGGCGGAGAAGGAGCACGUCUUCGAGAUCCAGAAACUCUACAAUUGGAGAGAUCUGCACCAGAACGAUAAGUUAUCGCGUUUUGUCUCCUCGCUGUCUCAAAACGUCAAAGCUCUGAUUUCUUUGGGCCUAUCUUACGAGUCACUUUCGGUGACAAUUGCUCCAGGCAUCCUAACGUGCUUACCGAGCACGAUGAGAGAGGACUUCACUCGAACGCAUUUCGAAAAGCUACAGCUGAAUGACGUUUCGAACAGCGAGCUUGAGACCCUCCUAGAGUACUUGGAGAAAGAG